AUGUUUCAGUCAUCUUCCAGUAACGCAUCGGGGUCGGAAAUGGCGCUCAGCCACAUCGCGAAGCUCGAUCGGUUUAGGAGACGCGAGGUGACGACCCCGGAAAGCGGCUGGAAAGACCACAGUACGGUACCGACCGGUAGAGUCCAGUCAAGGCCUCUUCUGCCUGCGUCGCCUGACUUCAUCGGCGCUAAGGCAACCAAUUCCUCAGCUUGCUCCCUCAAAGGGGAACCGCUCUUGCACGCAUUGGACUUGGCCCAAAAUAAGGUUGCGCACGAAGUCAAACAGCCGACGAUGCCUGCUGACGGAAUUCGCGAGGUGGUCGCUAAGGGACAUGGGCAAAUUAGCCGUUUUCGAGAGAGCCCCAGCCACCGAGGCUCUGUGGGAGCAGGACCAUUGGUCUGUCGGCCAGAGGGGAAAAACGGCGCCGGUACAUUUCACGGUGGUGCCAUCCAAAAUGGUGACAGAAACAGACAUAACUCAGUUCCGCUGCAUGGAAGGCCUUUUGUUGACCACGGUGAGUCGGGCUGCUUACGUUCCGUCUAG